AUGAAAAAAUUUUGUGUGGUUUUGCUCUGUGUUGUUAUAGUGGAUAAAGCCUUCAGUACGGACUUUAGGAGCAAAAGGCAGACAGAGGAUGCUGAGGAUGAUUUAGAAGAUAGAUAUGGUUGGAACAGACCAUCAGCGUUUGGAAAGAGACAGCCUCAAUGGUCAAUGCUGUAUCCCGACCGUAGGUUUCUAGGUCAAUGGCCUUAUCCUGGACAGUAUCCCGACCAAGGGACAUUAUCCGGUCAAGGUCAAUUCCCCGGUCAGGGACAAUUCCCCGGUCAAGCACAAUUUCCUGGGCAAGGACAAUUUCCAGGUCAAGGCCAGUCCCCUAAUCAAGGUCGAUUUCCCGGUCAAGUUCAAUUUCCUGGACAAGGACAAUUUACAGGUCAAGGACAGUUCCCCAAUCAAGGUCAAUUUCCCGGCCAAGGACAAUUUCCCGGCCAAGGACAGUUUAAUGGUCAAGGGCAAGUUUCCGGUGAAGGACGACUUCCCGGACAAGGACAACAGACGACUCAAAAUCCAAUGGGAUCUACAACGUCAGCUGACAACAACCCCACCGUACAGGAGUGCAUUAGAAACUGCCCCGUGACAGCGGAAUAUAACCCAGUGUGCGGGUCUAACGGCGUCACGUACCCCAAUCCUGGACGUCUCAUGUGUGCUCAGGGCUGUGGUGUCUCUGUGAAUAUGCUUCGAUCGUCUCCGUGUCCGUCUACUACAACCGCUGCUCCUCUAGGUUAA